UGUUAGUAGUGGGGAGCGUGUAUGUCUGUGUGGCUGUUGGUAUUAAAAUCGCGACGCCCAAUGAAUGGUCAGAUCUUCUCAGCUGUCUGUAUUUAACUUUGCUGUCUUGGAAAGCAGAGCCACGCUUUUCAGCAUUUCCCGGAUUAAAAGUGGUGGCAGGCAGGAUGGUUAUAACCUUGGCACGUCAAUUGGGAUAUAGAAGAACUUCAACUCUAUGUUGUAGGAUUUAUUCAACCUAUGUCAGAAGAAUGAGAUACACGUUCAAGCUGAAAGAAGAUGAUGAUGCUUGUCGGCAGGCCUAUAAUUCCGGAAGCUUCUUCCUGUUUUACAACUUCUCUCCCUUCGUGCAGCGACAAGGAAAAGCGUUACUAGCCCCAAAGUUAAAGACAGGAGAAAUAAAAAGACUUUUGCUGAAAUUUCGGAAGAGUGAGAAGAUGAUAGAAGAGUCUAUGUUAGUGGGCUGUUCGGAACAAUGCACUCCAUAUUUUGCUCUUGACCUAGGAUCCUUGCCAAAAUCCGCCGUUGAGUCUGAAUUUGAUGGAUCGUUUGGAGAAUUACAGAAAGCUUUCUUCCAAUUGGAGGAGGAAGAUGCAUCUUUGAUUUCCACGUCUCAGGCACUACUUCGAUGGCAUGAUAAUAACCAAUAUUGCAGCAAAACCGGAGAGCCCACAGUGAAAAAUUUGUCUGGGAGCAAAAGGAUUUGUCACGCCAAUGGAAUCAUCUAUUAUCCACAGAUGUCUCCGGUAGUUAUUACCUUGGUGUCCGAUGGGAGCCGAUGCCUUCUUGUACGGCAAGCAUCAUUUCCUAAAGGGAUGUACAGUGCUUUGGCUGGCUUUUGUGACAUGGGUGAGAGUCUAGAAGAGACAGUCCAACGAGAGGUUGCUGAAGAAGUAGGCCUAGAAGUGAAAUCUCUCUGGUACUCUGCAUCUCAGCACUGGCCGUUCCCAAACAGCAUUCUCAUGAUAGCUUGUCAUGCAUUAGUGGAUCCGUUACAGAGCAAAUGUACAAUCAAUACUCAGGAGCUUGAAUCUGCCAGGUGGUUCAGCCAUGAGGAAGUGGUGAAGGCACUUGAACGGGAACCCAGACCUUCUAAAGAAACCGAUGACAGCACCUCUUUUUGGGUGCCACCCAAACAAGCUAUAGCUCGACGGUUGAUCCAGGAAUGGGUGAAGCAGAAAACUUCUCCUUAGUUUAAAAAAAAAGUACGCAGGGGAAUGAUGGCAUUGUUAUAUCUGAUGUCUUGUUUGCAGUGGCCUUCCAUAUUUUGUGGAGAAGGUACUGGUAAACCACAUUAAGUCUUUCGGCAUGUUGUCUUGAAAAUUAAUUGCUAUAGAAAUCACUGAACGGAUUUGGAAUGAGAGGUUGAUAUCUCCGUAGGGUAAUAAUAUGUAGCAAAACCAAACUAAACCUCUAUUCCUUUUGGGAUUUCUUAGUAAAGCCAUUUGUGGGCAAACCUGGCCCUUGAAUUGCUUGUUUUUUUCCUGGAAGCAUCCUGACCAAUUGGGGUUGGGAGUGAAGUUAAAAUUCUUGGUCACCAGAAGACAGAUAUCUAUGACCAAUUUUCUCCUUAUUUCAUCAGGUCCACAUAGCCAUUAUAGUUAGUAUUACCCUUGACUCUCUAUCCCCGUGAUGGCAAACCCAUGGCACAUGUGCCAGAGGUGGCACGCAGUGCUCUAGCUCAGCCAGCUGGUCGUCGGGUUUCUGAGAUGCGCAUGCGUGCCAGCCAGCUGGUUGUCAGGUUUCCGAGGCAUGCAUGAGCGCUGGCCAGCUGGCCAUGGGUUUCUGGCACUCUGGCGUGUGCACCUUCCAGUUUGGGUACUCUGUGCCUAAAAGGUUUGCCAUCACUAUUCUAUCCGUUUGAUUCCUCUUCCAUCUUUUUAAACAGAUGCCUCCUGUCCCUGAAAAUAAUGCAAUGGUUUGCUAAACAUACACGUUCCCCAACCGAAGUUCGGUUCUGUCAUUCUUCCUGUGAGAAUUCGUGUGAACUUAUAGGAUUCUGAUGGGGGUGGAGGAAAGUUCAUCAUUUAUAUUUGAAAAGUUCCUAAUUAUACACACACAAGCAAAAAAGGGGGAAAGCAAGUUGAGGUUGGGGUGGGUGUUAUAUUUUCCCAGCAUACUUCACUGGGGGAGUUAAAGAUGUAAAGACUGCUUUCAGCUAACCUGCUAAUUCUGCUUAGUUUUAACCUUCUUCCAUUUCUCUCUGCUUUGAUUUGUAAGUAAGGGGCCAAAGGCAGCUCAUUCAAGUAGGUUAUUUUAUAGAAAAAAUAAUAAAUGAUUUAGUUCAAUAACCAGGUUAAAGUUGUGUGAAUUCAGACAGAAUAUUGAUUUAGUGUAUUAUAUGGCGUUUACUAGACCUUAUGUGUUUUGGAGUGUAGAUCCUAGCACUCUCUUAUAGAAGUAGUUCUCUACUUACUACUGUUUGCUUAGCAAUGGUUUGAAGUUUCAACAGACAGCCUUAGGGUUACUUAUGGGUUACUCAGAUUCAAAGUCCCAACUGCUACCAUGCUCCGUGCAGCCACGUGAUCUUAUUUUGGGCGCUUUGGCAACUGGUUAGCAUUUAUGCCCAUUUGCAGCAUUAUGAAGUCAUGUGGCCAUGAUUUGUGGUAAGUUUUGCCAGAAACUGGGGUUUACUUCCAGUU